GGUUGACAUGAUUUUUCCUUCCCCAGCUGAAAGAACGAAAGAAUGCAGAGAUAACCCUUGCUGGCAUGCCAAAGAUCAAGAAGCCAAGCUGCAUUCUGCGUUCUGUCGAACUCGGAUCCUUUCGAGAAACCAAACCAAACAUUCUCACAAACAAAACAAAAGAGCCAACCACAAAAGAUAAUCUACCCUUCUCUUUUAAAUCAUCCAACCAACUGCGAAUUUCUUCACCAUGAUGAUUCCUCGCUUUUUCGUUUUGCCGUUCGUGGUCUCUUCGCUUUUGCUGACCGUCCAUGGCUUUUCAGCGUCACUCCCCAAGAGACGAGUCUCGAGUAACAGCAACAGCCGUCUGUUCUAUUCGGUCAAGGACGAAGACAAGCCCAUUGAGUGCUUUUUGGUUUUUACAGAAGACGACGAUAGUGUGGCUGCUCCACCCCAGGUUGUGUGUACGUCGCAACCCGAUGAAUACGCCUGGUUCAACGGCAUCAAACGAGACAAUCUGGUCCCGACGGAUGGAGUACACGAACAUGCCGUGCAAUGCGUCGAAGGAGAAUCUCCGAGGGGUUCGCCGUGGUGGCGUUUUUUGUACCCUAUCGUAUGCCACCUUAUGCUACCCAACGACAACACAAUAAGCCGAGUGAGCGAGAUUGGUCGGAUCAAGAGCUUGCCGUUGGUUUUUUAACAACAACAAUGGGCGAUAGGAGGAAUGCAAACGAAACGAGAAAAGUAAUCCUUGGAAGAAGUGCACACAAAAUACUGAUGAUCACUGGGACUAAGCCCGCACAUGCAUGCACCCAAGAGAUAAACUAUAAUUGCUGCUUACUAUCGUCACC